GAUACCGGUUAUAGAUUUGUUAUAAUCAACCGGUCAGUUCAGUUUGCAGGGCACGCAUCCUUACACGACACCAUGAGCUCUGCAGUAGGCAAACCAGUCGUACACCCCUUGCUCGCUCAAUAUCUCGUCCAGCUCGCUACAAACCCGCUGCGUACGAAAGCACUUACUUCUGCGACAUUUUCCUUCCUUCAGGAAGUCAUUGGGUCAAAUGUCGCUGGUGUCCCCAUCAGGCGUCCUUCGAAAGACGCCUCGGCUUUGUCGAAUGUGCUAGCACAAGCUCAUAUUAACUCAAAAGCCAUCAAGAUGGCCAUGUAUGGCUUCUUCGUGUCUGCCCCACUAGGCCAUAUCCUCGUUGGCCUCUUGCAGAGGGCAUUUGCAGGAAAGACAGGCACAAAGUACAGAAUUGCACAAAUAUUGGCUAGCAAUCUGUUGGUUGCACCAAUUCAGACUUCGGCAUUCUUGUCCUCGAUGGCAGUCAUCAACGGUGCCAAGUCGCUGCAAGAGGUCAUUCGCACUGUGAAGGGAGGCUUCUUUUCAGUUAUCCGUAUUACGUGGCUCAUAUCACCGAUCUCGAUGACCAUAGCUCAACGAUUCGUGCCUGUUGAGCUUUGGGUACCCUUCUUCAACUUGAUUCAGUUUACCCUCGGUACCUAUUUCAAUAUCAGAGUCAAGAAGAUCCGCCUUGCAGCUGCAAAGAAGGAGCAAGAAGAGAAAGAACGAGGCAACCAAGGGUCCAAAUCUCUUCAGUGAUCUUUUGGCCCCUGCUUUCCUCGAUUUCUUGAAAUACCAUAUAUCAUAUGCUAUGUUCAUAUUAAAUAUCCCGUUGCAUAUAUAUAUAUAUAUUAUAGCUA